UGCGGCAGUGGGAGUAUCGCACCUGCAACGCCGUUGCGUCUUUAUGAAACGCGGUCGGCAUAAUUUAAUAGGCCUAAUCAAUGGGAACGGGAAGACCGGGGGCGAUCGGCUUCUUUGGAGGGUCGCUUUAAGACAGACCCGUCGGAAGGAUCCGCUGCAUCGCUUUUUUUAUUAAUGCGAUUUGCACACAUUGAUCAUGAGCCUGCUGGGCGGCUACAAGAAGAAGACCGGUUAUGGGUGCGACGGAUAUGAAUCUUUGCAGCUGGUGGACAGCAGCGGCGAUCUCAGUAACGGGGAGCGCGGAGGCGGCGGCGGCUUCUCGGCAGCGUGCAGCCCGGCGGCGAGGGCGGUCCCGGGGAGACCCGGCGACUGCAGCACCAUGGACAGCUCAGAUAUGGAUGCCAACUAUGGUGGUGGCCUUCUGGACAUGGUGAAAGGGGGAGCGGGCAAGUUCUUCAGCAACUUCAAAGACAACCUGAAGGACACCUUGAAGGAUACCUCCACCAAAGUCAUGCAUCAGGUUGCCACGUACACGAAAGGGGAACUUGACAUUUCCUACAUCACCUCAAGGAUUAUAGUGAUGUCAUAUCCUGUGGAGGCGGUGGACAUUGGAUACAGGAACCACAUCGAGGACAUGCGCUCCUUCCUGGACUCCCGGCAUGUGGACCACUACACGGUGUUCAACCUCUCCCAGAGGAACUACCGUGGGACCAAGUUGUCCAACAGGGUGUCAGAGUGCAGUUGGCCCUCCCGACAGGCCCCCAGCCUCCACAAUCUCUUUGCUGUCUGCAAGAAUAUGCACAACUGGCUGCGGCAGAAUCCCCGCAAUGUCUGCGUGAUCACCUGCACGGAUGUCACGCGGGCCUCUGCCGGCAUCCUGGUCUGCGCCAUGUUCUGCUUCUGCCACCUCUUCAGCAGCCCAGGGCCCGCCAUGCAGCUGCUGAACACCAAGAAGCCCGGGACGGGCCUGUGGCCCUCACACAGGAGGUACCUGGGCUACAUGUGCAGCAUGGUGUCGCAGGAACCGUCGCUGCCUCACACCAAGCCUGUGGUCGUCAAGGCGGUGACGGUACGACCGGUGCCGUGCUUCAACAAGCAGCGUAGCGGCUGCCGACCCUUCUGCGACAUCCUCAUCGGCGAGACCAAGAUCUUCUCCACUGCGCAGGACUACGAGAGGAUGAGAGAGCACCGGGUGCAGGACGGCAAGGUGAUCUUUCCUCUGGGGGUGAGCGCUUACGGCGACGUGGUGAUUGCCGUCUACCACAUGCGCUCCACCAUCGGGGGGCGACUGCAGGCAAAGGUGAGCAACACGCAGAUCUUCCAGAUACAGUUUCAUACCGGCUUCAUCGCCGCAGGCACCAGCACCUUGAAGUUCAUGAAGCCCGAGCUGGAUGCCUGUGAUUCCCCUGAGAAAUACCCCCAGCUUUUUCAUGUAAUGCUGGACAUCGAGGUGGAGAGCACAGACAAACAGAAGGACCUCACCCCGCCCUGGGAGCACUUCCCCAGCAAAGACCUGAGCCCCAGCGUGCUUUUCUCCGGCCACCAAGAGCAGCAGGACGCGCUGCUCCAAGCAGAUCCCGGACGGAUCGGCGGUGGCCUGGACGGCCGGACCGGCCCGGCCAACGACGACAGUGAGCCGUCGGAUGACGAGAUGCUGUCGUUGUCCAGCCAGCAGAGCAGCGCCUCUAAUGGAAAAGCGGCCAGUGCACAGGCCACACCCAGGAAAGUCGAAGCCCCGCCCCCGGCAGUUCCGCCCCCCACAGAGGACGUGGACCUGCUGGGUUUAGAUGGAGAUGUAGAGAGCUCAGCCAGCGUGUCCCCACGAGCCCCCACCAACGCUGAUCUGUUGGGCGACCUGUUUGGGGCAGCCCCCCAGCUCUCCUCUGUCUCCAGCCCUGCCCACUCCACACCACGCCGAUCGGCAGCGGCUCCCUCCUCCAGCCCCUCGCCCCGCCUCUCUGACAAUUACAACCCAUUUGGAACCAAUUCCAGCCCCAAACGGACAGAGUUUACAGGCAUGUUCCUGGGGCCAGGCUGUAACUCCCCUGUGCCCCCCAACACCCCCACUGUCAACAUCCAACAGUCAAACCCAAUGGCGGACUGGGAAUGGAGCAGACCAGCGACUCCAGGAGCCUUUGGGAUGGGCAGCAAGUCAGCCAGCACCAGUCCUUCAGAGUCGGUCCACAAUACGCCCACUCAUCAGGCCAAGCCCAACACGCUUGACCCCUUUGGCGACCUCGGGGCGCUCGGGGCCGGUAUAGGAGGUGGCUCAGGCUUCUCCAGCAAGCCCACCAGUCCCACGGGGUCCGGCGGGGCCUUCCCCGGGACGGGCUCCCCAGGACGGCCAUCUCCCCAGCACACGGCAGCUGGGGGCUGGCAGCCCGGCCCCACGUUCCCCUCCAGGCAGCCGGGCGGAAGCUCACCACGCUCGCCAUACCAACAGCAGGCCAAACCGGCACCGACGACCCACUCCUCCCUGCAGAACCGGCCCAAUUACAACGUGAGCUUCUCCGGAAUGGGCGGGGCCUCUCCUGGGAAACAGCCGGCAGGCAUGGGGAAGCCGAAGAUGGCAGAUGCGAACUUUGACGAUUUACUCACCGGUCAAGGUUUCACUGGCAGCCGUGAGAAGAGAGGUCCGAAAACGAUAGCGGAGAUGAGGAAGGAGGAGAUGGUGAAGGAGAUGGACCCCGAGAAGAUAAAGAUCCUGGACUGGAUUGAGGGCAAGGAAAGGAACAUCCGUGCUCUGCUGUCCACCAUGCACACGGUCCUGUGGGAGGGUGAGACCCGGUGGCGGUCCGUGGGUAUGGCCGACCUAGUCACCCCUGAGCAGGUCAAGAAGGUCUAUCGCAAGGCCGUUCUGGUGGUUCAUCCAGACAAAGCCACCGGACAGCCUUAUGAACAAUAUGCCAAGAUGAUCUUCAUGGAGCUCAAUGACGCCUGGUCAGAAUUCGAAAGCCAAGGUCAAAAAGCUCUGUACUGACGCAAGGAGCACUUCAUGUGGACCCCCCCCAAGGACCUGUAAGACCCCCCCAUACAGUAUCUCUGCCGUGACCAUUGUCCUUCUCUGAUCGCCGGUGACGCGAUCUUGCAGGUGUCUCUGUGCACAGAACGACCACGUCAAAUGCGAGAGUGUGAAGUUCAUGCUUCCCAAGAGCAGAGAACCGUCCAUAAUACAUACAAAACAGAACCCAGUUGUAGAUGGGGGAGAUGUUUACGACAGAACUGCGAAGGGGACCAUGUGACAGGGGUCUCCAGGUUCUCUUAACCACGCACUUUCGGCAAAUGCAAGUGUGUCAAGGGAUGAAAAGAGCGUCAUUAAACCAAAGGGCAUUUGCAUAAAUAGCUAGAUAACAAAUGUGUUAAUAUAUAAGAUGCAAAGCUUCUGAGUUACUAGCUAUUUAUGUAAAUGCAGCCACCAAUGCCAGUCCUACGUAAGAUAGAGACUUUCCAAAGCGAUGACCCAAACUGGUUGUGUCUCUGGAAAUCUGCUCAGCCUUGGGGACAGGACUGCCAUGGUCCAUGACGUAGUGACGUGAAGAUAUUUUUAUUUUUAUAAAUUAGCAGUGCUUCCAGCUGUAGGCACAAUGUGGACCUUCACAGUGGGCUCCAGGCAGUGUUUCUUAAAGGGAAAAUGACAGACUUCUGGGUUGACAGAUAGUGCACUCAACUCGGGCCGAUAACGGCUGUUGAGACAUAUCAUAAGUAUCCUAUCUGACGUCAUCAAAUGACACUCAUAACCCUCGUAGAGGAUGUACUCUUAUCAUGUACUCUGGGAUCCAGUGUGUCUCCCUCCUUUGGGAUGGCUCGAUCGCACUGGGUCACAGGCCCAAAGCCCACAGGUAAGACUAGCAAUCUUGACCUAGCAUAUAAGAGCAUUUCCUAUUGAUUGACUGUCAAUAAGAUGAAUUCUUAUUUGACGCACAAGCACAAAUCUUACCCAUGGACCUUUUGUUUGACCACAGUGUCACAUGUAAUACUCUGUCCGUAAUGUAAAUACUCUCUACCUUCUAUGGAUUUUCAUUGAGUAAAUUUCUUACUUUA